AUAUAUAUAGAGACUCCACAGAAAGUGCUCUGUUGUUGGCAUUCCACCGCGUGAGGCUCUGUUUCUAGGGUUUGUUGGGUCUAAAAAAUCGAAGCGAUUUCGAUGGCGGAAGAGCGAUUCACGGGCGUGGUGCAGUGGUUCAACAAUGGCAAGGGCUUCGGCUUCAUCAAGCCCGACGACGGCGGCGAGGAUCUCUUCGUUCACCAGUCCUCCAUCAGAUCCGACGGCUACCGCACCCUCCUCGAGGGCGACCGCGUCGAGUUCGCCAUCGCCACCGGCGACAACGACAAGACCAAGGCCGUCGACGUCACCGGCGUCGACGGCGCCCCUCUCCAGCCCCGCGCAGCCGCCGGCAACAACAACCGCGCCGCCGGCUCUGGCUUCGGUUUCGGCGCCAGGCGCAAUGGCGGAGGCGGCGCCGCGUGCUACCAGUGUGGCGAGUUUGGACACCUCGCCAGGGAUUGCAACAGGAGCAGUAAUUCUGGUGGCGGCGGAGGCGGCAGCGGCGGUGGUUGUUUCAAUUGCGGGGGGUUCGGCCACCUCGCGAGAGAUUGCGUGCGCGGAGGCGGCGGCAGUGUAGGCAUUGGAGGUGGUGGCGGAGGCGGAUCUUGCUUUAGGUGUGGCGGAUUUGGACACAUGGCGAGGGAUUGCGCCACCGGGAAGGGCAACAUUGGCGGUGGAGGAAGCGGUGGAGGUUGUUUUCGGUGUGGGGAGGUUGGUCAUUUGGCUAGGGAUUGCGGCAUGGAAGGAGGGAGAUUUGGUGGUGGUGGCGGAAGCGGCGGCGGCGGUGGAAAAAGCACUUGCUUUAAUUGUGGGAAGCCAGGGCAUUUUGCGAGGGAAUGUGUUGAAGCUUCAGGUUGAGGUGAAGAAGGGUUUGUUACAUUUUGCGAAGGGAGAAAAAAGGUGGAAUAGUACAUAUUCUCUUUUUUGGCACAUUUUAACAGUUAUUAACUUAUGAUUAGUCUCUCUUAUUGUUAUUAUUAUUAUUCAUCUAAUUUCGGGGAAGUUUAUACAUAUGGCAAAAAAAAGAUGUUUUUGGUUUUUUGUGACUAUGGUACUGCUUAGCAGGCGAUUUUGCCUUUUGUUAGUUGUUACUGCCUCCUGUUAGACCUUGUUUCUGGUUAAUACUGUCUUUCUUGUUCCAGAACCGUUGAGAUUAUAUAUCUUGAUUUGUUUGUCUGAAAGGUUUAUAAUUAUGAGACCGAAGUUCUCGAGAAA